AUGAAUACCGCGAAGCUAUUAAACUGGAGCGAUGUGCCUAGGCCCAGCACAUGGCGAGUGUUGUUAUCGGCGAAAACAUGUCGCGGCUGCCGAUCAAUGCCUAAGGCCGUCAAGUGGGACUCCACCGCGUUCGACUUCAGACCUUCCACAUCUGGGUAUGUGUGCCUAGAGAAUCAUCAUUUCACGUUCAAAAAGACCUUGAUCGUGAAAAUUAAAGCCAUCAUCUCACAUGUUUGGCAUUGA